AUGUCAUUAAACGAUCUGAACAACAUCAACAACAGCAUCGUUUGGUCAAAUCGUGAGAGUAUUGUUGCUAUUAUAGUGGUCAAUAUUCCGUGCAUCAAACCUAUCUUCAAUGCCUCGACCUGGAGACAACAAUCAUCAAGUAGAGAUAUUGAAUCAUCUCAUGGAAUCCACGUCAACACUACAUUUGAGAUGACUGAGAUUGAACACGUGAGAGACUUCGAGGGAAUUGAUCCAACAGACAUGCAGUAUUCACCUUCCAAGCCAUUUCCUCGAAAUCAAUCACCCUUUGAGGCUCUUCAAUUCCCAAGGCCAACAUGGAAAUCACAUAUUGGGAAACAGCACUGGUUGUUAUAG